AGCUCGUCAUUCUUUCUCCGAACUCCGAACUGCAACCAUCUUCACCGACUUAGUAGCUUUGCUUGCUUCAACGUUCUCGCGCUCUUCAAAUGGAUCGCCCCUGUUCGUUGACGCUGUUCUUGCUCGGCAUCACCGUGGUCAUUUUCGGCUUUCUUCCGGCAACCGGCGAUGCCUCAAUAUUCUACUCGGUCCACACGUUGCCGGUUCCACGCUAUCGGUCCUACUUCGACUCGGUGGGUGAGCAAAGCAUCGGCCAGGGUCGCUUCGAAACGAGUGUGAUCAUCCAGGAGGACAUUCUGGUGAGGAAACGGUGCGAGUGCAUCCCACGGUACCGGUGCCGAUCACCGCGGAACAUCAUCAACUUGAAAACUCGGGACUGCCACCAUCACGAGAAAGUGUGCUGCGAAUUUUGACGGCCAUGACGACGACGACGCUGCGGUCUGUGGACAGAGACGCAGCGUCGCGACGCUGCCCAUGUGUUCUUAAUCCAUCUCAAUUUGCUGGUUGCUGUGUGUACAAAGAUGCUGUAAACGUGUUAGAAACCGCAAAACUGACGACGAGUGAUCUUUAUCUUACUUUGCGCGCACCUGACCUAAAUGUGGAGCAAUUUUGGCGUGCAAAUUAUUCUGCCUGUUGCUGCUGAGUUGUAACUAAACAAAUCUACUUCUUUCAAAACAAAUCAGUCGGAAACGCGUCUAGACGGUGUAUUUUUGGCUUCUUUCUAUGUGAUCUAUGAGAAAUUCUCCACAAGUUCAAAAAAAUAUUUUUUUUCUGCUGAUUUCAGUAUGAUAAUAAAUCAAAUAGCCUUUAGUACGGUA